AUGUAUGAUGAAUUUAUGAAUCAAUGCCAGGAGAUAUAGAAUUAAAAUUUAGGAUGCUCUUAUAAUCUCAAUCGGAAUGCUUGUAUUAAUUAAUUAACUGGGAGUGGGAAUAUUGAAUAACGAUGUAGAAUAUAAUAUAUAUAUAGGUAUAUUUUAAAAUGGAUGCAGAGAAGUUAACAUUUUCCAUUUAAAAAAUUUAGGUUGUGAUAAUUCAUAUUCAAAAUAUGCUUGUUUAAGUGUAAUAAAUAAAGAUUGUUUUUGGAAUGUUAAUUAUUGCGAAGAUUCUUAAAAAAUAAUGUUUUCAGAUGAUUCUAAAGAGCAAAUAUAUCCUUAUCCUGUUACUCCAUAAUUAUGUGCUAAAUAUCAAAAACAUCCUUGUAUUUGAUUUAAAUAAUAAAGGUAUGAAUUCAGGACCUUAAGGAGAUUAUAAAUGCGUUUCAAUUAAUUACAUAUAAUUUAAAGAAUUAAAAUGUUCAACUUUGGGUUUGAAUCAAUUAGGAUGUAUAUCAAUUUAGACUGAAUCAGAAAUGUGUAAUAUUUUAUAUAUUAUAUUAGGUUUAUUUCAUAAUAAUUAAUGUAAAAACAUAGAACCUUCAGAAAUAACAGAAUGUACUUAAAAAGUAAACAAACUAGCAUGUUUAUCUAUUAUAAAACCAAAUUUGUUUUGUUAAUGGAAAGAAAAUGAAUGCAUUACUUUUAAAUUUGAUUAAAAACUUGAAUGCAAUGAAAUAUAUGAUGUAAGCAUUAAUGUUUGUUCUGAAUAAGAGGGUCUUUGUAUGUUUGAUUUCUUAAAUUAAAGAUGUAAUCAAAUAAAUUAAAAAUAAUUGCAAUAAUUAAAAUGUGAUACUCCUGGAUUAACAAAAUCUGCAUGUUUAUCUAUUAAAAACUAAUACUGUACUUUUAAUUAAGGUUUUUGUUAAACUUUAUCAGAAGAUGAUCUAAGUAAUUAUCAAUGUUAAUCAUAAUUAAAUUAAGCUGCUUGUAUUAAUAUUAAAACAAAAGGUUAAUUAUGUUUAUGGAAUGGAUAAAGUUGCUAAAAUGUAGAGAUAAAUCAAGAUCUAAAUUGCAAUCACUUCAUUAAAUUAUAAGUGAAUGGAAAUGUUUGUUAAGCAAUUGCUAAACCUCUUGAAAUGUGUAAAUAUGAUGAAANCAAAAGUGAUAAACAAUAAAAUUAUUUAAUUGAAAGAGAAUUAAAAUAAUAAGAUUUUUUAAAAUGUUUUUUCAUUUAUAAUUAUUAUUAUUUAAGAAAUAAUGUUAAAACAAAUUUUCAUAAUUGUAUUAUCUAUAUAAUACUGUUAAUGCAACUGUAGUAUUAAUCAAUAUGAUGCAAUUGCUUGUAUUUUAUUAACAACUGAUUCUAACUGUAAUUUAUAAUUUAAUGAUAGGCAUGUAUGAUGAAUUUAUGAAUCAAUGCCAGGAGAUAUAGAAUUAAAAUUUAGGAUGCUCUUAUAAUCUCAAUCGGAAUGCUUGUAUUAAUUAAUUAACUGGGAGUGGGAAUAUUGAAUAACGAUGUAGAAUAUAAUAUAUAUAUAGGUAUAUUUUAAAAUGGAUGCAGAGAAGUUAACAUUUUCCAUUUAAAAAAUUUAGGUUGUGAUAAUUCAUAUUCAAAAUAUGCUUGUUUAAGUGUAAUAAAUAAAGAUUGUUUUUGGAAUGUUAAUUAUUGCGAAGAUUCUUAAAAAAUAAUGUUUUCAGAUGAUUCUAAAGAGCAAAUAUAUCCUUAUCCUGUUACUCCAUAAUUAUGUGCUAAAUAUCAAAAACAUCCUUGUAUUUGAUUUAAAUAAUAAAGGUAUGAAUUCAGGACCUUAAGGAGAUUAUAAAUGCGUUUCAAUUAAUUACAUAUAAUUUAAAGAAUUAAAAUGUUCAACUUUGGGUUUGAAUCAAUUAGGAUGUAUAUCAAUUUAGACUGAAUCAGAAAUGUGUAAUAUUUUAUAUAUUAUAUUAGGUUUAUUUCAUAAUAAUUAAUGUAAAAACAUAGAACCUUCAGAAAUAACAGAAUGUACUUAAAAAGUAAACAAACUAGCAUGUUUAUCUAUUAUAAAACCAAAUUUGUUUUGUUAAUGGAAAGAAAAUGAAUGCAUUACUUUUAAAUUUGAUUAAAAACUUGAAUGCAAUGAAAUAUAUGAUGUAAGCAUUAAUGUUUGUUCUGAAUAAGAGGGUCUUUGUAUGUUUGAUUUCUUAAAUUAAAGAUGUAAUCAAAUAAAUUAAAAAUAAUUGCAAUAAUUAAAAUGUGAUACUCCUGGAUUAACAAAAUCUGCAUGUUUAUCUAUUAAAAACUAAUACUGUACUUUUAAUUAAGGUUUUUGUUAAACUUUAUCAGAAGAUGAUCUAAGUAAUUAUCAAUGUUAAUCAUAAUUAAAUUAAGCUGCUUGUAUUAAUAUUAAAACAAAAGGUUAAUUAUGUUUAUGGAAUGGAUAAAGUUGCUAAAAUGUAGAGAUAAAUCAAGAUCUAAAUUGCAAUCACUUCAUUAAAUUAUAAGUGAAUGGAAAUGUUUGUUAAGCAAUUGCUAAACCUCUUGAAAUGUGUAAAUAUGAUGAAAUAACAAAAAAUUGUGUUUAAAGCUCGCCAAAUGAUUAUUGUACUACUCCAUAUUUAAAUCUAUAUGGAUGCGUAAGUAUUUCAAGAUAAAAUUAAAUUUGUCAAUGGAUAGAUUCGACUUGUAAAGAAAUUUUAGUAAUACCAUUUGAAACUAGUUGUAGUAGUUUAAAAAAUGCAAAUUAUUAAGCAUGUUAACAAGUAUAUGAAAAUAAUGAUAUGGGAUGUUAUUAUAAUUUUAAUAUAUUAGAAUGUGUACCAUUAUUAAUAAGCACAGAUAAUGAAAACAAUAACAAUUUCUAAGAAAUACAAAAGGCUAAUUAAUUCUUAGCAACUGUGACAUGUUAUGAUAUAUCAUUAGGAUUGAAUAGAGUAAUAUGUGGAUCUAUCACAACAGAAAAUAUUCUUUGUAGAUGGCAUUAAAAUAGUUGUAAAUUUGUAGAAAAAGAUGCUAUUUCAUAAAUUCCUUGUGCAGAUUUAAAAUUUGCAAAUCCAUUAACUUGUGCAUUAGUAGAAUAUAACAAUGAAUUUUGCAGAUAUUUUAAAUAAGAGAAAGGAUGUAUCAAUUAAUUAAAAGGUGAAAUGUAUUGUAAUGAUCUUGGGCUCAAUUCAGUUAGUUGUAGAUAAGCAAAAGGAAAUUGUUACAUUGAUAAUGGUAGAUGCUUGAGUCUUGGAGAAAUUUUAUCUUCAAAUAAUCCUACUGUUUUAAUAAUUUUAUAAAAAUUAUAAUGUUAAUCUAAUAAUCCAACAAAAAUGGUUUGUCUAGAAAUAUUAACAAAAGGUUAAUUGUGUUAAUGGUCUAAUAAGUAUUAAUAAUGUAAAGAAAUUUUGGUACUUAGAAAUAAAUAAUGUGCAGAUUUUUCAUCAUUCCAAGUAAAUGUCAAUGUUUGUGCAUCAAUUGUCAUGGAUAAUCCAAAUAAUAUUAUUUUAGGUAUUGAAUAAUCUUUUGAACAACAGAAUCCUGGUUAUUGUGAAUUUGAUAGAUUAUAUAAAAUUUGUAAGAUAAAGAAGAAGGCUUGUACAACUAAAUGUUGUACAGAAAAUGAAGAAAUAGGAAUAAAUGCUCAUUCAUGUAGUAGAUUUUCUAGUCAAGAACCAGGAGUUUAUUGUUAUUUUGAUAACUUCAGAUGCUAGGAACUAACUAAUUUAGAUGUAGAUAUAUCAAAUUCUAAUAAUGUUAAAAUUUACUAUAACACAAAGAAAUUUACUUGUGCUUAAAUGAAUAAGAAUUCUUGUCAUAUGAUAGAUUGGUCAACUACUUAAACUUGUUAUUUUAAUGGAUUUGCUUGUGUAAAUUUAAACUUAAAAGGUUAAGUUAAUUUGUUAGAUUUUAUUGAACCCACUGCCAUUCUUAAUAUUUAUGCUUGUUUAUCAAUUGAGGCAGUUAAUGCUGCUAACCCAAGUUAAAAAUAUUUUGAAUAUAAUCAAUAAGCCAAAAAUUGUAAACUUCUUCUACCACCAUAUCCAUAAUAUUAAAGUUGUGAAAGUGUAACUGGAAAUUCAAAUAUUUGCUUAGGACUUACACAUAACUUAUAUUGUAGAUGGGAUACAAAAAAUUUGAAAUGUGUUACAAUUACAUUAGAUUAAUAAUAGGAAAUCAUUAAUUGUAAUUAGAAUCAAAAUAUCAAAUCUUGCAUAGAAAAUAAAUAUUCAGCUUGUCAAUUUUCUCUUGCUUAAGAUAAAUGUAUUUAUGCACCUUUAGAUCAGGAUUGUUCAUAUUUCAAUACUACAGGCAAAGUAAGUCAGAAAACUUGCUCAUUAAUAACAAAAAAAGGUUAAAUUUGCUAAUUUUAAAAUAAUUAUUGUGUAGCAUCUAUUAAAUAAAUUUAAGAAGGAUGUGAUUUAGAAGGUAUAAAUAAAAGAGGGUGUUAUAAAAAUUCUAAAGGAAAUUGUAGAUGGGAUGAUGUUUCAAAUUAAUGUUAUGAAAAUAAAACAGCUUUGAAUGAAUUGGAAUGCAGUAAUAAUUUAAAUUAAAUAUUAUGUAUGUAAGUAACUAAACAACCUUGUAUGUGGAAUGAUGAUUAGUUUGAAUGUCUUUAUUUUACACAAAUGACAAAAUUUCAAUAUGAAGAAUAGAAUCCUAAGAAUUAAUAUAAUGAAUGGGCUUGUACUUUAAUAGUUGGUGCAGGUUAUACAUUUGAUCCUAUUAAUUAUAAGUGCAAAUUACUCUUAGAUUCAUAAAAUUUUGGAUGUUCUGACAUUUAAAUGAAUAAUUAUGCAUGUUAAUUUUUAACAAAAGGUUCAAAAUGUUAUUUUGAUUAAAAUGAAAUACCUCCAAACAAAAAAUGUAAAAUUUUUGACAUGGAUUAAAGUGUAUGUUCAACUAACUACGCUAUAAAUAUUGAAGUGUGUAUGAAUAUACCAAAAUCAUGUAAAUUUUCACUUAAUACUAUGUCUUGUUUAAGUUUAUUAGUUAAAGUAGAUGAUACUUGUUUAGAACUUUAAGAUUUGUAAAAAUAAGGCGAAUAUGUUAAUAAAUUAGGAUGUGCUUCUAUAUCUGAUAAAAUAGAGGGUAAUGAUGGACAAUAUUAAUGUCAUUUAGAUAAAGAAUUUGGUUAAUAAUGUAAUUAUUAAAAAUUUUGCUUUUGGGAUAAUUAUACAUGCAAAAUAAGCAAAUAAUAAAUUCAUAUAUAUGAUAAAGAACAUUACAUUAUUGGUUAAUAUUCUUAAUGGGUAUAUUUAAAAAAUAAUUGUACUAAUAAUGAUGGUUGUAAUAAAUAUGUAACAGUACCAGAAAAUAAACAACAAGACUUUAUUUAUCCAGGCAAAAGCAAUAAUUUAAUAUGUGGAUUAGGAAGAUGUGAUUACACAAAUGAACCAUGCUAUUCAAAUGCUGAUUGUGAAAAUAUUGCCAUCGAAAAUCUUUAACUUAAUGAUGAUGGUUCAAUUAAGAAACCUAAAAUUUAGUCUUAGAUUUGUCGAUCAAUUUGUUAACAAUAAUUAGACCCUUAACCAUGUCUUGAUUCUGAAACUCCUCCUAAAGAGGUGUUAGUGGAUCCUAGCUUAAAAUUCUAAAAUUGUUAAGGUAGAUGUAAGGAAUCAAAUAAAAUUUGUGAGAGUUAAGCUGAUUGCGGACAAUAUAUAUUAUAUGAUGAAAUUAUUGAAGAAGUAUUUAAUGAAACAACUAAAGAAUAUUACAAUAUAACAAUCCCUGCUAUUUGGGCUGAUGAUUAAUGUAGAUUGUAAAAUUAUAUCUGUUCGCUUAAUUCCAGGUCAUGUUCCAAAGAGUCUGAUUGUUCACCUAUCGUAAUUAAUUCUUGGAUACUUUAGGAAGCAGAGUGCAAAAAAUAAAAUGUUUAUACUAAAACAUAAAUCUGCAUAGGGUUUUAUUAUCUUCAAUUAAAAUGUAAUAAUACUUUAUCUAAGGCACUUUGUCUUCUAAUGACAGAAUAAAACUGUUUCUUCGAUUUAAAUUAAGGAGGUUGUAUAUAACUUGAAGGUAAUGAACAUAAAGUUCCAAAUUGUGAGAGCAUUAAAAAUACACAAUAACCUACUAAUUAAUGUGAUGGCUUCAGUAUUAUUUGUAAAUUUAGUGGGUAACCUCAAAAUGAAUUUCGAAAUACAUGUCAAUAAGUAUCUCAAAAAAGGAUGAAUUGUAAAGAUGGCAGUUAAUCCAAUGCUGCAACAGAUUCUUGUCCUUCAAUAUUGAGAUCUUAUAUUAAUUGUGUUAAGGAAGCUGAUACUUUAAAUAACUAGAAAUGUGUUGAAAUUGCUUAUCCUUCAAUUUUAAAUUGUGCUGGAGCUAUAGACAAUUGUCGUUAUGAAAAUAAUAUCUGCGUAUCUAGUUUAAAUAAUAAUAUAUGUACAUGUGAUAAAAGUUAUAGUAGAGCUUUAUGUAUUUAAUGCAAUUGUAAUUAUGAUUUACUUGGAUAUUGUUAAUUUAAUGAAAGCCCCCCUCCAUUAUUACCAGAUUAAUCAAAUAAAUAUUACUUAUGUUAUGAAGUAAAUUAAUUAACAGUAGAAUAAAAUAUUAAGAAAAAAGUUUGUGGAAUGGUGGAACAAGCUUGUAGAUAUACUUUUAUGUGUGAAGAUGCAACUCAUUAUAGUUGUGAUUACAUUGUUAAUUUUGUUGUAUCUAAAAAAGCUUGUAUUAGAUGUAAGUCUUUGAGUGUUUAUUAUGAUGAAGAAUCAUAAUUUUGCAAUUUAUUAAAUAAUGAUAUAAAAUCUUGCAAUCUCUUAAAUAAAUAAGCAUGUUUAUAAAAGACAAAAGAUAUAAUGUGUAAAUGGGAAAAUUAUGAAUGUAAAUAAAUUGAAAAAAUAACAGCAUCAGAUAGUAGAGAGUGUUCAAUAUAUAAUAGAGAAGCUUGUAUAUAAUUUUCAUAUCAUUGUUGGUUUGAUAUAAAUAUUGGUUAUUGUACAGAAUUUGAUCCAUUAUAAGGAGAUUGUCAUUUAUUAUUAAAUAGAGAUCUUUGUAUGUAUUCAUUAAAAUAAUCAUGUUAAUGGGAUUUAAUUAAUAAUAAAUGUAUAAUAGAUAAUUAAGAAAUUACAUAAUGUAAAGGUUUAAAUAAAUUUGGAUGUUUAAAUCAAUCAAUUUUAUAAUGUGUCUGGUCUGAUAGUUAUGAAUGUGAAUAAGCUGAAUUAAAUAAUAAUAUUUAAUCAUGUGAAUCUCCAUUAAAUUAUUCAUAAACAGCCUAUAUAACAAAUUUUAGUAGAAGGGUUUGUUCUUCAAUUAAUAUUAAUUAAAGUUGUUUCUUAGAUAAUUAUUAUUAAUGUAGAAAAAUUAUUAUAACUGAUAAAAUUAAUUGUGAUAGUUAUGGAUUAAAUAGAUUUGGUUGUAUUAAUAGAUCAUUAGGAUAAUGUUAAUUUAUAGAUAAUGAUUAAAAAUGUAUAAAAAAUUUAAAUGAUUAAAUUGGAUGUGUAGAUUCUUUAAAUAAAUGGGCUUGUAUAUCUUAGAAAUAAACAUGUAAAUUUGAUAAUAAUAUAUGUACUUUUCAUUAAGUUAAUACAAUUAAUGAUAUCAUUAAUUCAAAUUCAAAAUUUGCUUAUUCAAAAACAGUUUGUAGUUCUUUAGAUUAAAAUUUAAAAAAUAGUUUAAUUUAUAGUGAAAUAUAAAAUAGAUGUAUUGAUGUAUCUAAUAGAUAACCUUUUAUUGAUAAUUGUGAUAGAUUUACAACAAAUAAGUAUUCUUGUUAAUAAAAGACAUUAUAAACAUGUGAAUAUAAUCCAAUUGAUAAUAAUUGUAUUAAAACAUCUUAAUAAAUUUUAAAAAUACUUAAUAAUUGUUUUACUGAAAAAGAUUUGAAUUGGGUUUCUUGUAUUUCUUUACUUUCAAAUUGUAAAUUUAAUGGAGAAAAAUGUUUACCUAUUGAUUUAUAAAUUGAUACUUGUCAAUAUUUAUAUUAAUAAUAAUAUAUAGUAAAAGAUAAAGUUUGUGCAAUUACAAACGAUCAAAGUUGUAAAUUAAAUGUUAAUACAAAUACAUGUGAAAUUGUAUAAAUAACUGAUAAUUUCUAAUGUUCAACUCCAGGGUUAAAUAAAAAAAGUUGUAUAUUCUAAACCAAAGGUUAUCUUUGUAGAUUUGAAAAUGAUUAAUGUAUUUUUGAUUUUGGUUAUGCAUUAUGUGAAGAUAUGAUUAAUGAAGAAAAAUGCUAUUCAAUUAGAACUAAAGGAUAAUAUUGUAUAUUUGAUUAAAUAAAAGGUUGUUAGUAAAUUGAUAAUACUUAGAUAGAUUUAAAUAAAUGUAUUCAUUCAUUUAAAACUAAUCCUAUUACUUGUUCAAGAAGUACAGACAUAGCUUGUUUUUAUGAUAUUGAGACAAAAAAGUGUAAAUCUUUUGUUGAUAAUGCAGAAUAAUAUUAAUCUCCUAAUUUUAAUUGGGAUAAUUCAAUAUCAUUUAAUAAAUAAGCAUGUUAAAGAUAUUUAAUAGAAGAGAAAAAGGUAUUCUGGAAAAGAAAAGAUGAUUAAGAAGAAUGCGUUGAAGCUUUGGAUGUUGAACUCAAACAAUUAAAAUGUGAUGAUAUUGUUAAUGAAUUUACCUGUGUUAAUAUUUAAACACCAUCUUAAUUUUGCAAAUAUGAAAAAUUUAUUUGUAAAUCAAUUAAUCUUGAGGAUCCUUAGAUAAAUAAGUAAUGUAAUUACUAUGAAAAAGUAAAUAGUGGUGCUUUUUGUUAAUUAACGAUUGAUGUUGCUUGUGAAUUUGAUAUGAGAGAAAAAAAAUGUUAAGAACUUACAUAAACUUCUUUAGUGGAAUGUGAUUAUAAUCAACCUUAAAAAAAGGGCUACAAUGGUAAAGCAUGCGAAAAAAAUAAUAAUUGUACAUUUAAUAAUGGUGGUUGUUAUAGAAAUAUUGAUUAAUCAAUUGCUUUUUGUAAUGAUGUUACGGCUGAUAAAAUAUAACUCUGUAAAUAAAUUAUUACUUAAGGUUGUUCUAUUAUAUCUAAUAGAUGUACAGAUAUAUAACAAAACAAUUAUUUUUCUAUUAAGUGCGAAGAAGCAGUUAAUUUAGAAGGAUGUAUUAAAAUUUAAACAAAAGGUUAAACUUGCUAUUAUGAUUUAAAAUCAGAGUAAUGCAAAUUCUAAAAUUUAUAUUCUAAUUUUCAACCAAAAUGCUUGGAAUUGAAUUACAUAAAUUCAUACGAAUUUUGUGUAUAAGCAAUAGAUCAAUCAUGCAAAUAUAAUUAAAUUAUGAAUAAAUGUGAAGUUGCUACUGGAAAUAAUUAUGAUUGUCUGCGUGAAUUGAACAAAAUUGCAUGUUAUAAUUUAACUGAUAAAUUAUAGUAAUGUAAAUUUCUAAAUUAUUGUUAUGGACCAAAUAAUAAAAUAUUGGAUUGCAAUCCUAAUAAUUAUUAUGAUUGCUGUCUUGAAGCAUCAUCCAAAGAGUCAUGCUUAUUUCAAAAAUAAUUUAAAUGUUAAUGGUAAGAUAAAUGUUAGGCAUAUAAAUAAGGAGCUUAAAAUAAAUGCGAUCAAAUUAAAAAUGCCUCUGUUCUUGUAUGUACAUCCAUUUAAGAUUCAUAUUGUAUAUUUGACUCUGAAAAUUUCACUUGUAAAUAAAUUAUACCUUAAGCCUGUGAUGAAAUCUAAACUUCUGAUUAAUGCAAUAGAAUAACAGAUUUUCCAUGUAUUUGGGAUGAACUCUAUGAAACUUGCAUAUACAAGAAAAAAGAUAGUUUUGAUUAAUGUAGUUAAAUAAAAGAUUAAAAUGGUAAUUUGAAGGCAUGUACUAUGAUUGAAAGAAGUGGGUAAAAAUGUAUAUUUUAGAAUAAUUAAUGUGAGACAUUUUAUUAAAAUGAUAGUAUUAAUAAUUGUAAUAGUAAUCUUAAUAUUUAAUCUUGUUUAUAAUAAACUAUUAGUUAGUGUGAAUGGGUAAUAAAAGAAGUUUAAAUAAGGAAGAGUAAGUAAAAUAAGGAAUUUGAUAAAGUAGAAAUUGGAGAAUGUAAAUAAUUGACUGAAUUUAGUUAAAGAGAGUGUAACUCAUCUCUGAGUUAUAAAUCAUGUAUAUCAAUUCAAAAGAUUGGUUCAUUUUGUGUAUGGAAGAAUAACUAAUGCUAAAAUUUCUAUAUAUCUGAAUAUAUGAAUAGCAAAAUUAAAAAACAUGAAUUAGCUUCAAAUGUGAAUCCAAGUGUCUGUGGGUUAUAUGAAGAUGAUAGAUUAAUAUCUUACUCUUAAAAAUUAGCUUCUUGUAUUGAAGUAAAAGAUAUAAAUCAAUUAUCAUGCUCAUAAUCAAAAUUUGGUUUAAAUUAAAUUUCUUGUUUUCAUAUUCAAUUUGAAUUAUGUAAAUGGAAUAAUGUAUAGAAAACAUGUGAAUAAGUCACUAAAGAAAAUACAAAUUUUGAAAUCUCAUGUAAUUUACCUGGUUUAAAUUCAAAAGCAUGUACAUUAAUCAAUGUACAAGAUAGUUGUGGUUUCAUAGGCAAUGGUUGUGGUAAAAUAGAUUUAAGUGUUAAUUGUAAACAUUAAGGAUUGAACAAAUUUGGUUGUUUAUAAAUUACUAAUUAUCCUUGUGCUUGGAUUAAAAAUGAAGAAGAUAAUAAUUAUCAUUGUGAUGACUAUUUGCCUUAUGAUUCUUGUAACAAUAUUAAGUUAUAAGUUAACUCUAUGGUAUGCUCAUCUGUUUAAGUUGAUGCAUGUUUUUACAACAAAGAAACUCAAAGUUGCUAGAUUCCUAUUGAAACUUAUGCUGAUUGUAAUAUUGAAGGUUUAAAUUACAUUGCAUGUUCUAAUAUAAAAGGAUGUUAUUAUGAAAAUCAUAAAUGCUAAGCAAUUAAAGAAGAAAGUUACAACUGUAUUAAAUAUCCUUAAGCUCAUGUCGAUAUCUGUAAAAAAGCUUAAGACUUAUGCAAAUAUAGUCCUUUGAAAAAUGGUUGUAUUACUUCACAAUCGAAUGAAAUAUGUAAGAGAUAAGGUCUAAGUUAAGCAGGUUGCAUUAUAUCAUAAAAUUAGUGUUUUUGGAAAAAUAACAAUUGCGAAUGUUAAAGCAUUAAAAAUGUUUUACCAGUUUGUGAUGAAAUAGUUGAGUCAUAAAAAUGUAAAUCAUUUGAAUAUUGUAUAUAUUAAUCUUAGUAAACAAAUAAUAAUGAAGUUAAUUAAUAAAUUGAAUAUUAAAAUUUUGGUACAUGUAGAUAAAAACUUUGCUCAGAUCUUAAAUAAUAAGAAUGUUAAAAUUACUAAAUAUUAAAUACUACUUGUUAUUUAAACAAUAAAAAUUAAUGUUAAUAGGCAAAUUCAUGUGAAGAGGUUGAAAAUCCAUAUAUUUUAUGUUCAAAAUUAGUAAUUAACGGUGUGCCUUGUAUUCAAAGUAUUGAUUUAAAUUCCUGUAAAAAAUUAGUAUGUUCAGAAUUAAAUAAAGUUAUGUGUGAAAAAUUUUCACUUUAUUGCCAAUAUACUGAUCGUUGUUAAACAAAGUAAUGUUCAGAAUUAUAUACAGAAUAAGUUUGUAGAUAUUAUAAUUGUGAAUGGAAUAAAAAUACUAAAGAAUGUUAGAAUAAAUUAAAAUGUGAUACCUAUAAAACCUAAGAAAAUUGUAAUUUAAGUUCUUAUGAUAAUAUUUAAUGCAAAUGGUUGGAAAAUGAUAAUGAGAUGUUUUGUAGUCAAUAAGGUUGCUAGUUUUUAUCAAAAAAUUAAUCAUGUAGGAAUUUUUUUAUUAAUAACAAUAUUUGUGUACAACUUAAAGAUGAAUCAUGUGUUUAAUGCGAGGAAAUUAAAGAUUUAUGUUUAUGCUUAGAUCAAGAAUAUUGCAGAUUCAAUCCAAAAUUAAAUUAAUGCUAAUCUAUCAGUUGCAAUAAUUUUAUUAAUGAAAAUUAAUGUCUACAAUAUCAUUUUUGUGAAUACAAUUAAGAAAAUCAGGUAAAAUUAAAAUAUUAUUUAGGCUUGUCAUUUUCAUUGUGCUAAUCAUAAAAAUGAUUUUGAUUGCGAUCAACAUUCUUUAUACUGUUAUUGGAAUUAUGAACUAUAAAUCUGUAUGUAACCAGAGAUAACAACUUAGGUUAUUAUAGGUCCUGUUAUAAACAAUUUGAAUAUGAACCUUUAUUUGUCUGUUGGUAUCCUUGUUUUUAUUUUAUCGUGA